AUCGUAUUGUCGCUAAGCAAUUUAAUCCUACUUGAUUAUAUAUAUGUUUUCGUCUUUCAACAUUGUCAAAGUUUCCUUUCUCGUGAGGAAGUUAUUCAAAAAACAGGUUGAGAUUCAGGUUGUCAUAAGCAGGUGUGAAAGCCGUGUAUGGUGUAUGGAUGUAGUCAGUUUGAGAAGUCAUCAUCAUCCUAACUUGUAAAAUCGCUUGUGAAGUGGACAGUUGUCAAUAUUUCGCUGUACAAAGGUUUAAUUCUGGACGAUUUUGUUAAUGAUGUUGUUAUAAUCCGUGGAAAUAGACAUUUCAACUAAUGAAAGAUACGAGAUUAUCAGAAAAGCUGCAAGAUUUGAAGCUGCUACAUUUAUAAUACUGUAAUCAAGACCAAAAAGCUCAUUACUGAAACUGGGAAAACUUCUUUUUACGUUUCGACGAUAGUUCUGAUUGCAUGGCCUGCUGAAACGAUACUAGUGCAACUUCUAAAAACGCCAUCUGCUGCUAGCCCUCCUAGUCUUCACGAAUCACCGUCAAGACGCCAUUAUUGCAGAAUCGGCCCACUCGACUGUUUUGAGACAGCUCACAACUGAAUGUUUGCAAUAUUAAGUCUUAUCGUACGAUGAAAUGAUUUAGUACAAGUACAUCGGUCGACCGCGAAAAUGCGUGAAAUUGAUCGUACAUUGUCAACGAUAUCUUAUUCGUCUGCAACUGGUUUAAACGAUUCACUUCAAGCGUCGUCUUUUGAGGGUCAAAAGAUAACAGAAAACUAUGAAGAAGAAGAGACAAAACGCACAGGGUUUAACAGUGAAACAAGAGCUUGGCUUCAGGGCCCUCUCUCCUUAACACGCAAAGGGUGUCGCUUUGAACUGCCUAUGGACAUGAAAGUUCUGGAAAACAUGACACCCUUGGAAUACAUUUCUACGUAUUGCCGAAUCAACAACCGUAGAAAAACGCUUUUUAGACACUAUUUCAUGAAGAAUGACAAAGACAAAGAUGGUCAUGUCAAUCAUAGAGAGUUGCUCAAAGCCAUGCGCGACCUGUAUGCGCAAAGUAUCACAGUACACCAGGUCAACGAAAUACUAAACAUGCUCGAUAUCGCAGAAAAGAGUAAAACCAUAACUUUGAACAUGUUUUUUGCUAUUGCAGCUUUUUCUGAAAGAUUCUUUUACAGCUUCUUGAAUGGAGGAACCGAAGACGAGACUACAAGAAGAACGGUAUUGGAGGAAACUGACUUCGGUGCUUUAAAGUGGAAACUUGAAGGAUGUAACGUUAGUGAUAACAUGAAAAGCGUUUUGAGCAUUCUUUGAGUUUAAAAUAUAAAUAUACAACACUGCUUUUUUCUUUACGAGGAUGUGAAAGGAUGAAUAAAAGUUCUUGUAGUA